CCGCCAGGGCAUCCUCUCCUCCUUGCUCUUUCUGAGCGCAUCAAACUAAACAAAACAGAGGGUGGACAAAGAGGAACAAGUGGCCGCUCCCGGGCGUGCCACAACAAUGAGUCGGUCCUGCCUAAAAUUGAAUGGAUUAGCCAAUCUAUUCUGAGCUCUAAUGAGAUUAGAGGGGCAGCGAGCAGACAUGCAGGGUGGCGGCGGCGUGGUACCUUUCCUCCGGCUCCCCGGGGACUGCUCCCACGGGAAAUGGCGCCGUUGAUGCCGCUGGACGCGCGGUCGAUGUCGAGGGACCUUUGGAGACAUUUGAACGCACGCUCACCUGCGCCGCGCUUGAGCGGGGCGCGGAUUCCUCGAAGUAGCGCUCCAAAGUAGAGAGACGGAACCCGAAGAUGAAGUACCAGAAAUACAUCACGGUGAUGCAGAUGGCCAUGGGAGUGACAGCCUCCAACAAAGACUGCCUCCCCACCAAGAGACAGCUGUGGGUAACGCCGCCAGACGGAGAGACGUCACCCACUGGUGUUGCCGAGUCUUCAGAUGGGCCUAUAGGUGCUACUGGGGGUGCUGGUGCUAUGGCCAUGCCUGCCACGUCCACCCUCUCUUUGCCCGUAAGUCAGGGGAAACCUUCCUUGCGUCGAAUCAAGGGUCGCAUUCACCGCAGCAAGAGCCUAGACAGCAUUGAUCUGCUUGACUCGAACAGUGCAGCAAUGGAGGAAACGGUCAUAUGGGAACAGCACACAGUGACUCUUCACAGGGCUGCUGGGUUUGGGUUUGGCAUUGCCAUCUCAGGUGGACGAGACAACCCACAUUUUCAAAGUGGGGAGACGUCCAUUGUGAUAUCUGAUGUUUUAAAAGGAGGUCCAGCAGAGGGUUUGCUGCAAGAAAAUGACCGAGUGGUUAUGGUCAAUGCAGUGUCUAUGGACAAUGUGGAGCAUGCGUAUGCUGUACAACAACUGCGCAAGAGUGGCAAAAAUGCAAAGAUAACUAUUCGGAGGAAAAGGAAAGUACAGAUCCCUGUUUCUCGGCCAGGGGACAGGGAGACCAUGUCAGAGCAUGAGGAAGGGGAAAGCGAUGAGGAAGAUGGCUAUGAGCAUCACCGUGGUCGUGCUGAGCAAAGUGCCUAUGCUGGCGCAAGUGGAGGCACGAGCAGUAGUCGGCAACACGAUCGUGAACGUAGCAGCAGUGGAAGACGGGAUCACAGUGCCUCGCGGGAAAGGAGCGUCUCACCACGCUCUGAUCGACGUUCGCAAGCCUCCUCUGCUCCCAGCAGGCCUUCCAAGGUCACACUUGUCAAGUCACGGAAACAUGAAGCAGAAUAUGGACUGCGAUUAGCCAGCCACAUCUUUGUGAAGGACAUUUCGCCUGAGAGCCUUGCUGCCAGGGAUGGAAACAUCCAGGAGGGAGACGUAGUUCUAAAGAUCAAUGGGACAGUUACUGAGAACCUAUCACUGAUAGAUGCCAAGAAACUGAUUGAGCGCUCAAAGGGCAAGCUAAAAAUGGUUGUUCAGAGAGAUGACAGAGCCACGCUUCUGAGCAUUCCUGACCUAGAUGACAGCAUUCCGUCAGCCAAUAACUCCGAUAGAGAUGACAUUUCAGAAAUACAUUCACUGACAUCAGACCAUUCCAAUCGAUCCCGUGGCCGGGGACGCUCACGCUCACCUGACAAGAAUGAGCCAUCGGACCAUCUCCGACUCUCACCUCGGCAGAUCACCAAUGGCAGCCAUCGAAGUCGGGAUGAGGAGCGAUCUAAACCACCAGUUGUUAUGUCCAUGCCAGUCAAAAGCACUGAUGAUGGUGUCUUGUCUCAGGGCAGUGACCAAACCAGCUCCAGAGAUGACAGUCAGUUACCUCCGCUGCCUGAACCAAAGCCUGUGUAUGCACAGCCUGGCCAGCCUGAUGUGGACCUGCCAGUCAGCCCCUCUGAUGCACCUGUGCCCAGCGCCGCUCAUGAUGACAGUAUCCUCAGGCCAAGUAUGAAGCUGGUCAAGUUCAAAAAGGGUGAGAGUGUCGGACUUCGGCUGGCUGGAGGAAACGAUGUUGGAAUUUUUGUAGCCGGAGUUUUGGAGGACAGUCCUGCAGCUAAGGAAGGACUGGAAGAAGGGGACCAGAUUCUCAGGGUGAACAAUGUAGACUUCGCCAAUAUAAUUAGAGAAGAGGCAGUGCUGUUUCUGCUUGAUCUCCCAAAGGGAGAGGAAGUUACAAUCCUUGCUCAGAAGAAGAAAGAUGUGUAUCGGAGAAUAGUGGAGUCAGACGUGGGCGACUCCUUCUACAUUCGCACCCAUUUUGAAUACGAAAAAGAGUCCCCAUAUGGCUUGAGCUUUAACAAGGGCGAGGUGUUCCGAGUGGUAGACACCCUCUACAAUGGCAAAUUAGGCUCCUGGCUUGCUAUUCGCAUUGGCAAGAACCAUCAGGAGGUAGAGAGGGGCAUCAUACCCAACAAGAACAGGGCUGAGCAGCUGUCCAGUGUACAGUACACUCUUCCCAAAACACCGGGGGGUGACAGAGCAGAUUUCUGGCGAUUCCGUGGCUUGCGAAGCUCAAAGAGGAAUUUGCGGAAGAGCAGGGAGGACCUAUCAGCACAGCCAGUUCAGACUAAGUUCCCUGCUUAUGAGAGGGUGGUGCUUAGGGAAGCUGGAUUCUUGAGGCCAGUGGUCAUCUUUGGGCCAAUAGCAGACGUUGGAAGGGAAAAGCUGGCCAGAGAGGAGCCUGAUAUCUUUGAAUUAGCAAAAACACAGCAACAACAAGGAGGAGAAAAAAGUGAACCAAGGGAUGCCGGAACUGACCACAAAAGCUCUGGCAUCAUUCGCCUGCACACCAUCAAACAGAUUAUUGAUCGGGACAAGCAUGCCGUGCUGGACAUCACUCCAAAUGCAGUGGACCGCUUGAACUAUGCGCAGUGGUAUCCCAUUGUGGUGUUUCUCAACCCUGACACAAAGCAAGGUGUCAAGAACAUGAGAACCAGACUCUGCCCAGAGUCUCGGAAGAGUGCCAGGAAACUCUAUGAACGAGCCCUAAAAUUGAGGAAGAACAAUCACCAUCUUUUCACUACAACUAUAAACUUGAACAACAUGAACGAUGGAUGGUUUGGAGCACUCAAGGAAAUAAUUCAGCAGCAGCAAAACCAGCUGGUGUGGGUUUCAGAGGGCAAGGCUGACGGGGCAGCAGAGGACGGUCUGGAUAUCCACGAUGACCGUCUGUCCUACCUGUCGGCACCGGGCAGUGAGUAUUCCAUGUACAGCACCGACAGCCGCCACACCUCUGACUACGAGGACACGGACACGGAGGGCGGAGCCUACACCGACCAGGAGCUGGACGAAACGCUGAAUGACGAUGUGGGUCCUCCGACGGGGCCUGCCAUCACCCGCUCCUCUGAGCCUGUCCGCGAGGACCCGCCCGUCAUCCAGGAACCACCUGGCUACCCCGGCUACCAGCACGCGUUGCAGUCGGACCCCCUGAACCGCAUCGACCCGGCUGGUUUCAAGGCCCCGGCGCCGCAGCAGAAAGCAGAAGCCACUGCCAUCCCUAGCAACCCCCAGCUCCCUGAGCCCCUGGCUGAGACAGUGACCCCUGCCGUAAAAACUGUAGGGGGCCCGAGCCCCGGCGAGGCUCCUGGAGCUCACCACAGGCUACCAAGCCCCAACCCAGAGGCUGGCUCGCUAAAGAGGCCCACGCCUGAGCUAGCCCCUGAGAGUGUCACAUCAGAACCAAGACAGUCUGGACUGGCCAGUUCAGAAGCAAAGAUGUUUCAAAAGGCUCCCUAUAGCCCAGACAGCACAGGGAGACCCGGUCCUGGAUUGAAACCUGGGAAUUAUAACCCUCAACAGGGAUACCAACCUGAUCAGCAACCGUACAGAGAUUAUGACCACCCACCGAGUCGGUUUGAUGUCAACAGUGGAAGUGGUUACGUAGAACCAAAGUAUAGAAACUAUGACUCUCCGCCCUUUGAGAACAGUGUGCCUCCUCUCUACGACCAGCAACAGUGGAAUCCUUACGUCCACACACACUCGACUGCCGACUCACAAGGCUACGAUCCACGCCUGCCAUACAGCGAUGGCCCCGAGUCUCAGUACACCCCUCCGCUCCGUUUCGAUGAGCCGCCGCCUCAGCAGGGAUUCGACGGACGGCCUCGCUACGGUAAACCCGCAGUUCCUGGGCCCGCCCGUUACGAUGACCCCCCACCGCUUUCUCCAGACCUCCACUACAACCAAGAUUCUCAACACUCUCCGGCUGUCCGCUCUCCCAGCGGCCAACGGCCUUCCUACAACCAGGGACCAACACAGCACGUAAAAGGCUACAAACCUCAGCCGUAUGACGCAGCUCCUGUAAACUCUGACACCAGCCCCACAUCGCCUCCAAAAGCGGAGGUCAACUCAUUUUCCACCACAGACAUUUCAAAGCUCGACACUGCCAGAAAAGAGAUACGCGAGGAUGACCCCGCCAUGCAACCACAGUCUGUUCUAACGAGAGUCAAAAUGUUUGAAAACAAACGUUCGGUGUCUGUGGACCGAGCCAGAGAUACGGUGGAUCCAUCUGCAAACAAGGCUGCAGAUUUGCCCUUGAAAGCAGGGGGAAUCAUCCCAAAAGCCAAUUCUUUGAGCAACCUGGACUCAGAAAAGAGCUUUAGAGUCCCUGAGCCUCAGAAGCCUCAGUCCAAAGCGGCUGAUGACAUUGUGCGUGCCAACCAUUAUGACCCGGAUGAGGAUGAGGACUACUAUAGGAAACAGCUCUCUUACUUUGACAGACUUCAGACUGGCCCCGCCAAACCUCAAGCUCAAGCACAAACAACGCACAACUUCUCCAGAACAGAAUCAGUGGAGAAACCAAGUACAGCAGAGAAAAGAUAUGAACCAGUACCCCAGUUGACACCAACUUUGCCACCAGCCACACUUCCCAAGCCCUUAACUGAAGCCAAACCUCCUUCCAGAGAGGACACUGUCCAUAGCAACUUGCUGCCUCACAAAGGUUUUCCUGAGAAGUCUCCAGUGAAUGGCACAAGUGAAAAGCUUCUGAAAACUUUCACCAGCAGCGGGGCUCCACCAGCAUCAAGCUACAACCGCUAUUUGCCCAAACCCUACACAGCGUCUGCCAGGCCUUUUGAACGCAAGUUCGACAGUCCCAAAUUCAACCACAACCUUCUGCCCAAUGACAAGCCAGAUAUGGCCUCAAAGGGUCAAAGUGCAAGCCCAGCAAAGCCCUCCCAGUCCCACAACGCAGACCAUGACAGUGGCCUAGAUACAUUCACUCGUACAAUGGACCAUCGCACUAAGUAUCAGCACAACAAUGUCAACGCUGUGCCCAAGGCCAUUCCCGUGAGCCCCACUGCCCUGGAGGAUGACGACGAUGAGGAUGAGGGCCACACUGUGGUCGCGACUGCCCGGGGUAUCUUCAACAGCAACGGUGGUGUCCUGAGCUCUAUCGAAACGGGCGUCAGCAUUAUUAUCCCUCAGGGUGCCAUUCCUGAAGGCAUAGAGCAGGAGAUCUACUUCAAGGUCUGCCGAGAUAACAGCAUCCUGCCUCCACUUGACAAGGAGAAAGGGGAGACUUUGCUGAGCCCUCUGGUGAUGUGUGGACCUCACGGCCUCAAGUUUUUGAAGCCUGUGGAGCUGCGCUUACCUCACUGUGCGUCAAUGACCCCUGAUGGUUGGUCUUUUGCUCUAAAAUCCUCCGACUCCUCGUCGGGUGACCCCAAAAACUGGCAGAACAAGUCUCUCCCUGGAGACCCCAACUACCUGGUGGGAGCCAACUGUGUUUCUGUGCUCAUCGACCACUUUUAAGUGGGGGGGGGGGGGGGGGCAGCAGGUGUGAUGUUACAAAAUAUGCAUCCAUAGUGGAUAAACAUGGACACAUACACAUUGACAGCUGCACUCUCCAACUCCCGACGGUGACGUGAAGAAGAUCCAGUCAGUGCUGUUUACGGCCAGGCGCUGAAGAAACAAACUUUUGCCAUCAAAUGAAGUCUUGAUGAAGUAAAACCACUGAUGCAUGCCCCCCCUACCCCGCCCCCACUGAAGAUUAUCACUAUCUAUACAUACAGUACAAUAAAGUUUUUAUAUGCGUAUACAUGGAUGAAUUGUUUUCCAAUUUGCGCCACCAGCGAACAUAUUUUACAAACCUGUGUCGGUGUAUUUAUGCUAUAUAUGCAUACAGUAUAUAUAGUAGUCUAGAUAAAAUGUAUAAUGCAUUUUUGUCCUGAAUUCAACCUCCUAUUAUUUUUCAGUUGAGGUGACUGAAUAUAAUAUGUAUCCAUAUUCUUCCACUUUGAGGGAAUGUGGUGAAAGUUUGAGUCUCAGACGAGGCAGUCGAAGGAGUUUGCAGGUCAGCUGGAUCUAAAAGCCAAGCAGCACACUUUAACCUUUAUUCUUCCUCUGUUGCGCCUUUUCUUCCGGUGAGACCUUGUAGCUUGAGUUGUUCUCACUCCUUCCAGCCUGAGGGAGAUCUAUGCAUGUCGUUCUACUCAGGUCCAGUGGCCUCCUUCGUUGCUUCCUCACAUUUGUUUCCAGUCAUCUCUUUUUGCACUCUUGCAUUCAAACACAAUAAGCAGUGAUGCCUUAUCUGGAGCUCAUUCACCUCUUUUCAUGAAGGAAACAAUAAUUUAUGAUGAGUAACUGUCUCGUGUUGUUUGGUUUGCCGUUCUUGUUAAUCAGUGUAUAAGCAAACUCGGAUUCAGCACACAGUAAUGGUUGUGAUUGGAUAACAAAUGUAUGUUGGUUUUAUCUCCUAUGCAUUACUUACAACAACAAACACAAGAAGAUGAAGAGUGACUGUAAAUAAUGCUAGCAUAUUGCCUUGGUUCUUUUGUUUGUAAAUGAACUUUUUUUAUUCUUUCUUUUUGUAUAAAAUGUAGCGAAAACAUUUUAAAAAGUGGAAGAGUAACAAGGAAAUAUGAUCAUCUUUGUAUUCUGGAUUAUACCCUCGAGCCUUGAAAUGUUGAACCCGACAGUAUACUACAUGACAUCUUUUCUACCAACAUAUUCUCGUUCAAUUACCAUCAGAAAUUGUCUUUUUAUGGCUACUUAAGGAUCAGGAAAGUGUUUGGGCUGAAUUUUUUUUUUUUCUUCUCAAAACAAAAGUUGUACUCCCAAAAUGUUCCUUUCACUACUGGAUGCUGUAUUGUGUGCCCUUAAAUGUAUUUUUGUACUAAUAGACAAUUACUGAUAUAUGGCACACCAGUACCAUCUUAUUUUUAGACUUAACACAGCUUUAAUCGGAUAAUAGCUCUUCACGUGUGGCUGAUUUCAUUAUUAUUAUUUUCCUCCUCUGCAACACAAUUUUAAGUAUACCACUGUAUUAAUAAAUAAAAUCAUUUUAAAGUAACGUUUGA